AGACAGCAGGCACACGUGGAGAAAGGAGGCAGAGAGGGAAGAAGGGUGAGAGAGAGACCAGCAGAGAGCAAAAGAGAGUCAAACUGCUGCCACAGGCUGGGAGUAGUUUAUGCAACUGGACUUGAAAGAGACAAAUAUAGACACAAAGGAGCAAGGGAGAAGGUUCAGAGAGGAACAAGAGAACAAACCAACAACCGCUUGACUUGUGUGUUUUCUAUCAAAGGACUAAGUGAAAGAGGGACUGACCUUUGGGAUGUGAAGUGUUUUUUAGCAAACAAACAGAAGAACAAGAAGGACCUGGAACGUGCAGCCACCUGCGACACAGCAGCCCCAGGCUUGAGUCACUCUUCCCUGACUCAUGAUCAACUUGCUGAUCUGAACUAAGACUCUCUCAACUCUGGCAUCUCACUGACCUGACUCGACAGAUUUCACAAAGAACAUACGUUAGCUGUAAAGAAACAUCACCAAAGGUGGACAACUUUAGGGAGUAGAAGCUUUGGCAACGCUUUGCAGAAACUUAACCUCAGCAAGUGGACGUUGCACUAGAAUCAGUCAGUAGCUGCCUGACUCUUGUUGUGAGCAAGAUGACAUUUGCCAUGCUCCGCACAGCGCCUCCCGCAGGUCGCUUCCUAUAUGGUGACAUCGCACUUCUCUCUGAAGACGAUGAUGAGAAUGGGAGCGAAGGGUCAGGCUCAGAAGAGCGGAACUCUUCCAACUCUGCGGCCUUCCGCCUUUCCUCCUCAUCCCCAUCUGCUUUUCACAUCAAGGUGAACAGGAAGAGGAAGCUGUGUGGGGACCGAGGGUGCGGAGGAGUAGGUAUUGGCGUAGGCGGCAUGAUGGGUAGAAUUGUCCCCCCAAUUCCGACUGCCCCUACUGAGAUUCGCCAGAGGACCGCAGCCAAUGCACGGGAGAGAGAUCGCACCAAUUCUGUCAACACGGCAUUCACAGCACUGCGCACGCUGAUCCCCACCGAGCCUGCAGACAGGAAGCUGUCAAAGAUCGAGACGUUACGUCUGGCCAGCAGCUACAUCAGUCACCUGGGGAACGUCUUACUCUUGGGCGAGGGGCUUCAUGACGGACAGCCGUGCCAUGCACCCUCACCACCGUUCUUCCAUGUCAACUCCUCCCCCACCAGAGGAUCCGACCAAUCAGCUCAGCCCAAGCACAUCUGUACUUUCUGCCUCAGCAACCAGAGGAAAAUGAAUAAAGACAGAGACAGGAAGACAGCCAUCAGAAGCUAACAGUGAGGACACGCACCACGUGGAUAAAAUGCCAGGAUAAAUCACCAUUAUUGCGACUUGAAGAUUUACAGACUUGUGAUGCAUUCAUGGACCUUUGAAGGACUCUCUUAGCACUUCCAGGACUUUGAAAGGAACUCUAUGAAG